UGGGUUUGCUCAAGACCUAGAACUCACAACCUUUGGCAAGCUUGUCACUGUGUGAGCAACUCCGGCGCUGGAAUCUCAUCGUUCGGAGUCAUCCUGCCGAUGGCGCAAGUGUUGAGAGAGUCGUAGUCCCAUCUCUGUUAAAGGGAAUUGAAUAACUUAGAGGCAGUUAAGAAUUUUCGUAGAGUCUUAGUGAGGUGCAAGUGGGGUUUAAGAGUGGUUUUAGAAGGUUUUGCGAAGGUUGUUGUGUAAUUGUAUGCUCGAGGCUGUGACGAAGAGAAGGGUAACGGAUUCCGGUAGGAGCUUGUGGUUUUCGGCAUGCGGAAGUAUGUUGGAGACAUGUAGAAAUAUAAGGGGAUUGAAUUGUAGGGAUGAUCGAGGGUUUAGGAGGAUUUAAGGGUAGGAGUUUUGGAGUGGGAUUUUGAGCAUUUGAGCUGGUAGAAUGCUUUUUGAAUUGUGACGUUUCGUAAAAAAGUUGAUUCCAAGAAGAGGUUUGGACUGGGUUCAUUGGAACAAUGGAGUUAUGUAUGCGGACGCAGCUGAAUUCUACUGCGCCGGCGUGCGAGUUUAGGAGCAGCUUUCGUCCAAGCAAUAGUAGGAUAACGAGAGCUUCGUUAUCCGGGGUGGGGAGGAAGGAUUUGAAGAGACCCAGCCGUAUUUUCUCACAGAAUGGUCGUUUUUGGUGCUGUAUUGGAGCUCGUGAACGAGUGCCUUUUUUGGGUCAUUCAAGGAAUGGUGAUGUGACUAGAGAUUUUUCUUUGUCUAUCAAGUCUGGGAAGAAUAUAGCCGAGAAUGGAGAAGACGUGGUUUGCAAUGUGGAAUUUCUACGAGGAAGCGGAUCUGGAGAUUCAGGAGGGGGUUGGGGCAGCGGUGGUGGUAAGGGUAGGGAUGGGGAUGGGGACGGAAAUGGAGAUGAGGAUGACGCUGAUGGUAUGGAGUCUACUCAAAACCACAAAUUUUUAGGACUUCUGCUUGCAUUCUGUGGAGUUUCCUCCAUGAAUGAGGGGCUUCGAAAAUGGUGCCGAACAUCAGCAAUUGCCCUGGCAGGCUUCGCUGUCUUCCUCUUACAACAACAGUCUGCUAUUGCCCUCCUCGGACCGAGAGAAGUGGUUGAUAAAGCUCGCACAGGGAUUUGGGAAGUUAAAGGCGGACGCUGGAAGUACCUUGUAAAACAUCCUGAGAGAGAUGAGUUUGUGGUACAGACAGUGAAAAAUAGUGAAGAGGAAGCUCUCGCCUACGAGGAAGAGUUGAAGGGAGAAACAGCGAAUGAGAAACCAAAAGAGGCAGCUCCUCGUGAUGGUGUUCAGAAGGGGGUGAAUAGUGUUAUUACACGGUUUGUGGAACUUGGAAAGCAGAUUGUGCUGCCCGACGGUUAUCCCCAAAGCGUGACGGACGAUUACUUCGAGUACACCCUCUGGAGGAUGGGUCAAGUUAUUGCCAGCCAGAUUAGUGGAGUUCUCACUACGCAGGCUUUACUAUAUGCAGUGGGAUUGGGAAAGGGCGCUAUACCAACAGCAGCUGCAGUAAACUGGGUGCUCAGGGAUGGCAUUGGUUAUUUGAGCAAGAUAGUGCUCUCUAAGUAUGGUCGGCAUUUUGAUGUGCAUCCCAAAGGAUGGAGACUUGUGUCUGACUUAAUUGAAAACAUGUCGUAUGGUUUGGAGCUGCUGACACCCGCUUUUCCCCAUCUCUUUGUGUAUCUGGCAGCAGCUGCUGGGGCUGGUCGUUCCGCAUCUGGCCUCAUACAGGCCGCAACCAAGAGCUGUUUCAAUGCCGGGAUGGCGGCUAAUCGAAACUUUGCUGAGAUCAUAGCCAAGGGAGAGGCCCAGGGCAUGGUGAGCAAGUCUAUCGGAAUUGCACUUGGUAUUGCAGUGUCUGCAUAUGUUGGCAGCACUGGUCCACUUCUUGUGGGUACUUUUUUUGGAGUCACGGCACUUCAUAUUUUCUGCAAUCUCAAGUCUUACCAGGCGGUGCAGCUGCGAACUCUGAAUCCGUACCGUGCAAGUCUGGUUCUUGCAGAGUACUUCAGAAGCGGCAAUGUGGUAUCUGUUAGGGAGGUCAAUGGAGAAGAACCCAUAUUUCCUUUCUCGUUCUUCAACUUCAGACUGCGAGGAUCAAAGGGAGAUGGAACACUAUUGUCGGAGGAAUCGAAAGCUGUGGCACACUCUAUAGAAAAUCACCUUGAAUUCGGGGCUACAUUUGGAGCUGCGGUCAAGACUCGUGAAGAAGCAGACGCUCUACUCGAUAUUUACAAAAGUGAACGUUAUCUUUUAUCACAGCAUGAUGAUCGCCUUCUGGUUGUAUUGAAAGAGGGAGCUACGCCACGCGACAUGCUGCGGGCCAUGAUGCAAGCAAUAUAUCUCGACUACUUGCAGGGAACUGGUUUUACAUCCCACCGCAACCUUAUGCACGACUCUGGCAAUGGAGGUGUACUUCGUGUUUCGCAUGACUUUGUGGUGAAUCAGUUUGAACAAAUAAGGCAAGAUAUUGCUGGUGUUGGAUGGAUCUGCGAAGGAUUAAUAGCUCGACCGGCACCAAACCGGCUUCUUGAGAGCAGGCCCUCCCCCACACCUGUAGCUUCAUAGAAGCUUAGCUGACUUUGGUCAUGAACACUAGAGCCUUCAAGUAGACUUAGCAUUUUUAUUUUUAUUUUUAUUUUUUUAACGGGUGUAAGUCUGCCCAAGUCUGUUCUUACAGCUAACACGAAAAAAAGCUGCAGCAAUCUUGGAUGUACACAAAAAUAUACUCAGGGAGCCACACCGUUGAGCAGUGUUUUGAGUUCGUGAAUCAGUCACCAGGAGAGCUUUUAAUGAUGCUCAGACGAUUGCUGCGCGUUCAUUUUGUCUCUCGUGGAUAUGUUGUACUCUAGCUGCUUUGAGUUUAGCUUGCAAACAUGUGUGCCCUGGAUUUGUUGAGUGGCGUUUUCAUUUACUAAACGUUAUCAAUGUGAAGAACAACUGUUUGCCUCACAGAGGUCUCCUGAAA